AUGGAGAACAUCACGGCGUCGACCGUGCGCCGCAAGGAUACUACAAAAGGCCCGCCGUUACGAAUACUAUGUCUAGAUGGCGGUGGUGUUCGCGGCUAUUCGAUGUUGAUCAUCCUCCAGGAAUUGAUGUAUCGAACCUACGUCGAGGCCGAAGGCAACGCUCCUCGCCGUGACCAAAUACCGAAGCCAUGCGACCACUUCGAUCUCAUCGCUGGCACCGGAACCGGCGGCCUCAUCGCUUUGAUGCUGGGCCGUCUGCGUCUGGACAUAGAGACAUGCAAGAAUAUGUACCCUCGCCUGACGAAAUACGUCUUCGAGACCGACAAGACCAUUGCUGGCAUUCCCUACCGGUCGACCUUGUUCAAAGCCUCCAGGUUGGAAGAAGCGAUCCGUCGGUGCGUGAGAGAGCAUACGUCCUCCGAGUCAGAAGGGAACGACGGAACGGUGCCGUCCCUGACGGGGGACUAUGCCCUGAUGUGCCAGUCGACCACCAGCCUCGCGUCCGGCGUGUCGACGAGACGGCUCAGUCGAUCCAGUUCACACCUCAGUCGCACUAGGAGCACCCAUAGCGUGAAUCACCCGUCAUCGCCAACGCACUUGUCGCCAACGAUGACGAAUCUUUUACCUUAUAACCCGGCUGGCAUGGGGGCGUCAAGAUGGGGCAAUCCCGAUGCGUUGCUAUACGACAAUCGGGAGCAUCGAACAAAAACAGCAGUAACGGCUUACUUCAAAGGAACGCCUAAAAACGGGCCUCCAACGCUUUUACGCUCGUACGAUUCACGAAAAGAACCCCCUCCCGACUUUAACUGCACGAUAUGGCAGGCCGGACGUGCAACAAGUGCGAUGCUACACCAUUUCAAGCCCAUUCAAAUAGGACAGCAAAUGUUCCUUGACGAAGGAGGCGGGAAAUUCAACCCCUCCCCGCUGAUUCUGGACGAGGCGACCGUCAAUGAAUGGCCUGGGCGAGAAGUUGGUAUUUUUGUCAGCAUCGGUACCGGUAAGCGGCCUGCGAGCUCCAACAACGUGCGGCAUGAAUGGUGGGAAGAUGUCUUUGAGGACUUUGCGGAAGCGAAGCGGAACCUUAUAUCCAAGAUAGAAGGGUGCGAGACGACCCAUCAGUACAUGCUGAAGGAGUAUCUUGCAAAGAGAAAUGUACCAAAAGACAACUACUGCCGUCUAAACGUGGAGAUUGGCGUUGGUGAAUAUGGAAUGAAUGAAUGGACUCGUUUAACGGAAAUCAGCACCAACACACGGCUCUAUUUGGCGAAGAAGGACGUCCAGAAAAUGACCCAUGGCGCCGCGACGAAAUUAGCCAAAAUACACCGGACGCAUCGCCGUAUCCAAGCGCACGAGGCUGCAGUCGCCGCUGAACGAACCCAUGGCGUCGACCCGACGAUGCGACCCCUACCUCCACCGCCAGCGCGGCCUGUUCCUCCCGUCCCAGCCGCCCGUCCUCAGCCAUCUCCAGACCACUCACCCGCAUCUCCACCUAGAGUUCCCCAAGCACCUCCCACGCAACCGGUCUACGAGCUCCCGGCCAUCGAACUACCCGCCGAACCCCUUCCCACCCCUCAAUUCUCCCUAUUCCCAAAACCCCCCAGCCUGUCCAAACCUCUCCCGCGCCUCUCCCCCUCCAACAUCUCCCCGCCGGGAAGCCGGCACAGCCAGGAACUCCCCGCAAACCCACUGCCGUACACCACAACCUCCCCGCGCGUAAGCUCCGACACAUUCGCUUCCGACAUGGCCCCGCCGCGUCCGCCCAAGACCCCGAUUCCACAGGCGGCGAGGCCAGUGAACACACAUCACGUCAGCCACGGCAACGGCACCGCCGCGCCGGAGAAUGUGAUUAUUUCCAUGCCCUCGCCGACCCAGGGCGCCAGCAGGCCGAUUGGGAUGGCGGAUCCAAGCCCUAAUAAGUGGAAGUUGCCGUAUCCUGACGAUGGGCCGCCGCCGCCGGUGAAUAAGUUCCGGAAACCGAGGACGAAUGCACGAGCGUGA